GUGAGCCGAGGCUGUGCCCGGCGCGGGGCAUCCCAGAGAGGAAGGGGCUGUGCUUGGACGGAGGGGCGGCCGUUCUGGGGCCGGCCACGGCAGAAGGCACCGGGCUGCCGGCGGGGCAGGGACAGUGGUCCAUCCGGGUGUGGGGCGACUACAGCGUUGGAGGACUGGCCGUCCCCGGUCCCCGUGCGCUCCGAGGGCGGGCUUGGCUGUUCGCCGCUGUCCCGGGGGCAGAGGCUCGAGGCGUGGUACUCGGGGCGGGGAGAGAGCCCUAGGUGGCCGUGGCGGCAGCCCGGCGGGCUCCGAGCUCCAAGCUCUGGGCUCCGAGGGGCGGGACCCGCCGCUCCCGGGACGCCAGUACUGCGCUGCCGAGAGUCAAGCGCAUUUACCCGGCUGCGGGGCUGCGACCGCCCCGGGGUGGACGUGAGACAGACCGGCCAGAAUUGAAGAGGGAGCAGGCCGGGGACCGCCGCACCCGGGGGAGAAGUUGGAUGGUGUAGUUAAACAGGUGAUCUGCGUUGUGUUUUGCGUCAUGCUGCAGGAACAGAGAAAAGAGUGGAACAAGUGGAAUGUAUAGACUUUACCCUCAGGAAAUAAGAUGUACCCGUAUGAGUCUAGAAGACAAUCCACCCUGACAACCACCAUUUACUCUCUGUCUCUGAAUUAAACUACUUUGGGAACCCCAUGUAUUUUUGAUGAGAUUUAAAUCUCUAAUGGACCAAUAAAUGGAUGAAAAGAGGCUGCUGGAUCCAGGGUUGAAAGCUCAUAAAGGCCUCUGGGAUUACACUCUGAAGAAGCAGCGGAUGGAAUGCCUGAGUGACUGAAGAAAAUGGGUGCUAAUGCAUCUAACUAUCCUCAUUCAUGUUCCCCAAGGGUAGGGGGAAAUUCUCAAGCCCAACAGACUUUUAUAGGGACAUCAUCCUAUUCUCAGCAAGGCUAUGGUUGUGAAUCAAAAUUAUAUAGCCUUGACCACGGCCAUGAGAAACCACAAGACAAAAAAAAGAGAACCUCUGGCCUUGCCACCCUCAAAAAGAAGUUUAUUAAGCGCCGAAAAUCUAAUAGGUCUGCUGAUCAUGCCAAGCAGAUGCGAGAACUCCUGUCCGGGUGGGAUGUGAGAGAUGUCAAUGCAUUAGUAGAAGAAUAUGAGGGAACUUCAGCCUUAAAGGAGCUUUCUCUACAAGCCAGUUUGGCUAGACCAGAAGCUCGGACAUUGCAGAAAGAUAUGGCCGAUCUUUAUGAGUAUAAGUAUUGUACUGAUGUAGACUUAAUAUUUCAAGAAACUUGUUUUCCUGUUCAUCGUGCCAUCCUGGCAGCAAGGUGUCCAUUUUUUAAAACACUGCUUUCUUCCUCACCCGAGUAUGGGGCAGAGAUCAUAAUGGACAUCAACACGGCCGGUAUAGAUAUGCCUAUGUUUUCUGCUUUGUUACACUACCUGUAUACUGGAGAGUUUGGAAUGGAGGACUCGAGGUUUCAAAAUGUCGAUAUCCUGGUUCAGCUUAGUGAAGAAUUUGGAACACCAAAUUCCCUUGAUGUAGAUAUGCGUGGACUUUUUGAUUACAUGUGUUAUUAUGAUGUUGUCCUUAGUUUUUCUUCAGACUCUGAACUUGUUGAAGCUUUUGGUGGAAAUCAGAACUGUUUGGAUGAAGAGCUCAAAGCUCACAAGGCUGUCAUUUCAGCACGGUCCCCAUUUUUUCGAAAUCUAUUACAAAGGAGGAUACGGACUGGUGAAGAAAUCACAGACCGAACUUUGAGGACUCCCACAAGAAUUAUAUUAGAUGAGUCCAUUAUACCAAAAAAAUAUGCAAAAGUUAUAUUACACUGUAUGUAUACCGACGUGGUGGACCUCUCCGUUUUGCACUGUAGCCCUUCCGUGGGGAGUCUCAGUGAAGUUCAGGCUCUCGUCGCAGGGAAACCAAACAUGACCAGGGCAGAAGAAGCCAUGGAACUGUACCACAUAGCACUGUUCUUGGAAUUUAACAUGCUGGCACAAGGCUGUGAGGAUAUCAUUGCUGAGAGCAUCUCAUUAGAUACCUUAAUUGCCAUCCUCAAGUGGAGCUCUCAUCCAUAUGGCUCUAAAUGGGUGCACCGACAAGCUUUACAUUUCCUCUGUGAGGAAUUUUCCCAGAUCAUGACCUCGGAUGUUUUUUAUGAACUCAGCAAAGACCAUCUGCUUACCGCUAUCCAGUCUGACUACCUGCAGGCAAGUGAACAAGAUAUCCUUAAAUAUCUGAUUAAAUGGGGUGAGCACCAGCUGAUGAAAAGAAUAGCAGACAGAGAGCCAAACUUACUGAGCGGCACUGCGCACAGUGUGAACAAACGAGGUGUGAAAAGACGAGACCUGGACAUUGAAGAGCUUCGAGAGAUCCUUUCUCCUCUCUUACCUUUUGUGCGAAUUGAACACAUUUUGCCUAUGAACAGUGAAGUCCUGGGUGAUGCAGUAAGUCUGUCCUCAUUGAUCCCUUUCAUGAAAAGAAAAUGCACAAAAAAUACGAAAAGAGGCCUGAUUAGUACUCCUCCAUCAGAUAUGCUUCCCGCGUCAGAAGGUGGGAAGUCAAAUGCCUGGUUACGGCAGAAAAAUGCCGGAAUAUAUGUUCGUCCUCGACUGUUCUCACCCUAUGUUGAGGAAGCAAAGUCAGUGCUGGACGAGAUGAUGGUGGAACAAACAGAUCUUGUGCGUUUGCGGAUGGUUAGAAUGUCCAAUGUGCCAGACACGCUUUACAUGGUCGGUAACGCGGUGCCGCAGUGCUGCCACGUGGUCAGCCACCAGCAGAUGAGCAGCAGCCAGUCGAGCCCCCCCUCGGUGGUAGCCAACGAAAUUCCAGGUAUUUGCCUACAAACAGUUUUCCCUCUUCCAGUUCCUUGUCUCCUCACUUUGAAAGACAUGGUCCGACGUCUGCAGGAGCUCCGGCACACCGAGCAGGUGCAGAGAGCCUACGCACUGAACUGCGGAGAGGGCGCCACCGUCAGCUACGAAAUCCAGAUUCGAGUACUGAGGGAGUUUGGUCUCGCCGAUGCUGCCGCAGAGCUCUUGCAGAAUCCUCACAAGUUCUUUCCCGAUGAACGUUUUGGGGAUGAAAGUCCGCUCUUGACGAUGAGACAGUCUGGGAGAUGUCGUGUUAACAGUACCCCCGCUGCAGAAACCAUGUUUACAGAUCUGGACUCUUUCGUGGCCUUCCACCCACCCCUGCCCCCACCACCACCUCCAUACCAGCCCCCAGCUACCCCCAUUCAUAACCAACUCAAAGCGGCCUGGAAGCAAAGACCUCCCAGUCAGCAUCCUUCACGUUCACUUUCUUAUCCCUGUAAUCAUUCACUGUUUCACUCGAGAACGGCUUCGAAAGCUGCCCCCCCCGCAGUCUAUCUGCCAGGUGUUAAAGCUGCUGCCCCCGAUUGUACCAGUGCCACAGGACUGGGGAGACCCACGGUAGCCGCUGCCUCAGCCUCAGCAGCGACAGCAUCUGAGAAGCAAGCGUGUGCACAGCCUGUGCUAAAUGACCUAAUGCCAGACAUUGCCAUGGGUGUGUCCACACUGUCACUCAAGGACAGGAGGCUUCCAGAACUUGCUGUAGACACAGAAUUAAGCCAGUCAGUUUCUGAAGCAGGACCAGGGCCUCCCCAGCAUCUGUCAUGUAUUCCACAGAGGCAUACACACACGUCUCGGAAGAAACACACACUAGAGCAAAAACCAGAUGCUCGAGAAAAUCAGCAGGAAUAUCCAGAUUUCUAUGACUUCUCAAGUGCUGCUUGCAGACCUUCUACUCCCGCUCCUGGCAGACGUACCCCCUCCCCCUCGAAAGGUGGAUAUUUUGGUCCUGAUUUGUAUAGCCACAAUAAGGCAUCACCAAGUGGCUUGAAGUCAGCCUACCUACCUGGCCAGACCUCUCCUAAGAAGCAGGAAGAAGCUAGGAGAGAAUAUCCACUUUCUCCCGAUGGGCAUCUACACAAACAAAAGAACGAGCCAAUACACCUCGACAUUGUUGAGCAACCUCCCCAGCGGUCAGACUUUCCUCUGGCAGCCCCAGAAAAUGCUGGCAGCGGCCCAGCGCAUGUCAGGGGGCGAACAGCAGUAGAAACUGACUUGACUUUUGGGCUUACUCCUAACAGACCUUCACAUUCUGCAGGUAACUCUGAAGCUCCAGAAGAGAGAUCCAGUAGAAGACUAGCAGACAGCGAGUCCCUGGGCCUUGGAGCCCAGCGAAACCCAGAUUUGGAAAGGGAAGAUUCAGUAAACAGAGGAAGGAGGUCACCAAGCAAACCAGACUUCCUCUACAAAAAGUCUGCCCUCUGAGCGCAACCUCCAAGUCGUCUGUGCCUGAGAUGUGAAACAUCCAUUCUAUGAUGUAACCCAAUUACUUAAGAGACCAGUUUAUUGAUGCCAGCUGAUAACUCAGUUUCACAUUCUUUUAUUCUGGGUUUUGUACAUACAUGUUUAUUAGACGUGGCAUGCUGAGAGGGUUGUUUUGAAUGCUGCAUUUGUCUGUUUUGUGUUUGAGUAAUUGUGUGGGGAAGCAUUUUUAAGAGCAAGCAAGCUGGCACUUUCUUUUCUUCUUUACAAAUGAUGGAAUUUUUUUGCACUUGUACAUUUAUUUUAUCUGCAUUGAUUUUGUAUCAGUAUGUUAAACUUUAUUGCCACAUUUAAAGGACUGUAUUUUCAUACUUUUUGCAUUUUACUGCUCAUCUACCAAUUUCCACGUGCAUUGGAGUGCACACUAAGAUGUAUUUUCUUAUGAAAUAGUUCUGUUUAUUUUUUAAUUAUAGAAAUUCCAAAGAACAGCACAUCAAAAUGCUCCUCUCCUCUCAGUAAUCGUUUUGGUUCAGAAACCUCCCUGCGCAGUCUUUGUGUAAUGUCGUCAUUCUCUCUGAGUCGGUCCUGGGAGCUGGGCGCCUUUCCUCCAGCAGGAGUCCGGUCAGGACCCUGGUGUUUUCUGGUUCCAGGGAGAACAGGAAGGAGAAGCGCCUUCUGUUCCCAGGCUGGAAAGCUGUUGCCGUGUUCACAGUGUGGACGCUGACAGACCUGCUGCAGGUGGUUUGGGCUAGAGAAUCAGCCGACGGGAGUCUGGCGGCAUCGGAUUUCUCUCUAUGGGCAGAAUCAUAAAGCGCGGAGAUGGUGGAGUAACUUGCGGUUUGCACUGUAGGAUUUCCGGUUCUGAGCGUCGUGGGCUCUCCAGCUGCGAUGGGGAAGUGACUGCUUACUGCCUUCAGCUGUCUUGCUCUCUAUGGGGAAAAACAAAGACACAAACUAAAGGGCUUCAGUCUUAUGGAUGUCAUUUGGUGUUUGUAAGCAUAUGUUUUCUUAUAAAUGUUUUUUAAAGUAUGUCUGAAUUUUCGUGUCCUAUAAAAAGUUGUAUAAUGCAUAAUGCUUUGUCACCAAAAGAGAAAACCCAUUGUUUUCCAGUGGAACACUACACGUCCUACUUGAACUCCACUCGGGACGCUGGUUUGGGACUUUUCUGAACCCCUGAGCACAUGGGAUCUUUUAAGGUCCUCUCCCUUGGAAGGGCAAUGUGUGAGCUAAGGACUUUUUUUCUUACUCUCCAAUGUAAAUAUAUUAGUAUUUGAGUUUUUAAAUCACGUCAGCAUUGUUUGAGCUUUCACUUUGUAUUUUUACAGACACACAACACACAGCUGUAGCACUUAGAAGAAAAGAGACUUUCUGCACAUCCCCUCCUGGGAAGGGUGCUUGGGAGCCUCUUUUCUGUGUGUGUGUGUCUGUGUGUGUGUGUCUGUGUGUGUGUGUAUAAAUAUAUAUAUAUAUAUAAAUAUAUAAACUACGAAUCACUGACACUCUAAAACUAUGCAGGGCUAGGGAGCCUUUACAAGCUACCAUAUAAAUUAAUUACAUGCACUUUUAAGUCAGUAGGUUUCUCUUGGGUAUCAACAGCUCUGAUUUCUCCCGAAACUGUAGAUUCUCUUACAGUCUUUUCAUACUUUACCCUGUGGAUAUACACUCAGGAAUAAUCUGACAUUUUAAACAAUCCUAACAGUAGAUCGUCUCAAAGACGGGAAACCCGUCAGUGUAUCUGCGCCUGGGCACGCGGCAGCCGUGGUGAGUGCGCCCGGCCCGGGGGCGGCGUCGCCCCCGGAGCACCAGAGCUCACACCAGUCUGCCGUGAGGUCGGCCGAGCAUCGCCUUUGAGGCUCCCUUUUUUAAAGAUGGAAAAACAUAGGACUCUGUUCUCCUUUUUAGGAGGUUUGACCCUUACACAAUGGUGUCUUUUGAAACUAGUCUCAGUCUGUCUCUCUCUCAGAAACAGAAAUUGUUAAGGCCAUUAUACUCCUUAAUGUGUGUUUAAUUAUUUUGAUGUAGUUUUAAACGUCUGUUCUGAUUCAGUGCCAUGCCGGUACUGCAAAUUAGGGUGGGAAAAAACUCUUGUUUGGGACCUUUUAAAAAAUAUAUUAGACAAGAGCUAUUUAUGCCAUACAUCAUUUUCCUGAAAAUUUAGUAAAUAUUCUUUGAUAUCUCUGAAGUGUAAUUAUAAAAAUAGCCACUGUCCAUAAUUUUAAUUUAUGAAAUUUGCUUUUAAUAAUUUAGUAGCUUACCUAGCUGAACUCUGUGUAAAGAGAAACUGGCUUUAACCUAAGGGGUCGCGGACUGACGUGACUUGCAGAAGGUAAACAGGUGGUGGCUGUGCGUGUUCCAGUUGGUGUCGGUGGGCAUCAGUGUGACUUGUGAGGUAGUGUCACUAGGGUAGGUCGAGUAGCUAUGUGCCUCUGCUUUUUGAACCCAUCUAUUCAAUCUUUUUUAAUGCUUACGUAAGCAUUACAAUCUUUUAAUGCUGUACUAAGAUAAAUGUGAAGUCUGAGUAGGAUUGCUCUCAGAAAAAAAAAGUGUAUAAUAAAUGUGGCCACAGGACCUGGCAUUGCGCUUGGUGUAGACGUUUCCCAGAACCACAUGUCGGAACACCGGCCCUCAGGCGCAAGGCCCUGGACAAUCAGGCCGAAGACAAUCGCCACCCUGGGUGCCCGCCUUGUUGAGCUCAGAGAACUGCCACUUCGAUCCUGGGCCGCGACGAGAUCGAGGUUUCUUCAGGAUGCCACUGGUCUGUUAUAUUUCUUUCAAUUUUGUGAUUUUGAUGACUAAUUUAAGUUCGAAGUCACCCGUGACUCCUAAUGGAAAAAAGUAGCAUAAAAGGCAAAAAUUCCUCCUGGAGAACGGCUGCACGCCUCUUCCGCACACCACGCCCCCUCUAACGUGCGCCGUCUGCUUUUUCCAGGCGCACAACCCUAGGCCUCCUGAGCUCUCCCGACAGUUCGAUGAGCAGUUAGAUUUUAAGGAUUUUUAACUAGGUCCUUUUAUUUUAGUCUCUCUGUAGAACUCUCUGAAACGUGACCUAAUUCUUGUUUUUUGCUUCCUCAAAAUCUGUUUUUACUACAUUUGCCAUCCUUUAUUAGGUUUUCUUUUGUUGUUCAGGUUCUAGCAACAGGCAGGGCGUCUCCCUUUGAACCGUCACGGUGGUGGCAGGCGUGGGAGGGGAACAGCGUGUGCGGCAGCAAGGCCUGCACGUGCCGGUCUCCGGAGACGAGGUAACAUUUCUCAGUAGCUCAGCAGAAUCCGUGUUUUUGUAAGGUUUAGUCCACUUUUAGGGGGAAAUGCAUUUCAUCAAACACUUGUGAGAUGCUGGUUUAGCGAUCUUAAGGCAUUCUCAUUUUUGUCCUCGGACUUAACUCAAAGGGAUGGUUAGUGGACUUUUAAAAAAUUAGUUGAUUUUCAACUUGCUAUUGAAAGUUACUAUUAAAGCAGCAGUGAUGGGUGCUAUUCCCGAUUCUGCAGUGGUUUACUUUGCCUACUAGGUAAUUUACUUUCAAACCUCAUUACAGAUCCUUAUUGAAGAGUUACCGUCACACACUAAAAGGUAUUUUAGUUUACAAUUUCCCAUUAACACUCUUGUAUCAACAUAUUAUGAAUAUACAGUUGUCUUUGAUAAAUUGCAAUAGCUGUUAUGUAAUUAUACUGGCAAGUCUUUUAUUUUUUCCUUUAAAAACUCAGACCGUGUAUCAAUCUUCCAUGUUCUGAAUACCAUAAUGCCGCGGCCAUUUCUAUAGAAAGAGUACUUGCAAGGGUGUCUUGAAAAUAACCUCUGGUGUUCAUGUGUUUACGUGGGUUCUCAGAGGCAAGGUGAGCUCCGGAAGCCUCGCGGUGCACCAGCACGCGGCCGAGUCUCCGGAGCAGGUGGUCGGGGAGGCUGGGAGGCAGAGGUUCCUGAGCUCCACGUGCCGUUCACGUGCCACGUCUAGACUUCGCAGAGGUGGCAACACUGCAUUUCUUGUGGUUGUGCUGUUACCAGUAUAAAGUCAAGUGCCUUCGACGCUAAAGGCUCAGAAAUUUUUCUUAAACUGAUUUCAUGUCCUAUGCAAGUGUUUUCUACAACCUGCAUAACCAGUACUUUGUAAAACUUGUUUACGCUUCAAUUGUACAUAGUGUUUUUUAAGGAAAUAUAUAGUAUUUUUAUUUAGGUACCUUCAAACUUGAAUUUGUCUGUGUGAAGCAUUGUAAAACGAUACAUUUCUCUUUUGAGCAUCAUUACAGUUGUACAAAGGUUUUCACUGGUUCUAUUUUUCUACUGUUACUGAUAAGCAUGUAACACUGACUUUAUCCUACAUAUAGUUGGCAUUUCAAAUAAAUGGCUUGUAUAGAA